GACAGGUUUAUCUGCAGUUUAGUAUCUAAAAGAUUCGCACAAGGAACGAGCAGUGGCUGGUGGUUAAAAAAUUAAAAGUAAAAGAAAACAUUUAAAAAAAGAAACAACAAAACAACAUGCGUUUAUGGAAUGCACAAAUAAACUUCAGGCUAUUUUUAGGCCUGUUAUUGACAUUACUCAGUGUCGAUCAUUUAGAAUCAUAUAAAUUCUUGGGUGUGUUGCACUUUAGCUCAAAAUCACAUUUUAUUGUGGGCUCUGCUUUAAUGCGCGGCCUAGUGGAAAAGGGUCAUGAAGUGACCGUGAUUAGUCCAUUUCCUUUGAAAAAGCCAUUGAAAAAUUAUCAUGAUGUACCGGUGCCCUCGGUUUUAAAGAUAAUGGAAAAGGAAACUAAUGCACUUUUGGAAACAACGAAACGCAGUUUACUGGAAAAUAUUAUGUCAUUUCAUAAUAUAGGUUUGCAAGUAACCGAGGCAGUUCUAAAUGAACCGAGUGUUAGAGCUUUAUUGGCCACCAAUCAAACAUUCGAUGCUGUCAUCUCUGAAGUUUUUCUGGCCGAAGCUUUGUAUGGCAUAAGUGAACAUUUUAAGGCACCUUUAAUAGGUCUGGGCACGUUUGGUGCGAUUGCCUGGAAUACUGAUAUGGUUGGUUCCCCUUCACCACUCUCCUAUGUACCCAGUGCAUUUUUACCCUUCACCGAUCGUAUGUCUCUCAAAGAACGUCUCAUAAAUUUAGGCUUCUCCACAUUCGAGCGACUAUUUUUGAAUAUACACUAUUUGCCACAACAAGAAGAACUUUAUAACAAGUAUUUCCCCUACAAUGAAAGAUCCAUGUAUGAUGUGAGAAAAAACGCUGCCCUGGUAUUGCUAAAUUCCCAUGUUUCAUUAAGCUUUCCUCGGCCUUAUGUACCCAAUCAGAUCGAGGUAGGAGGCAUGCAUAUCAAUCGUAAAAGAUCUCCUUUGCCACAAGAUAUAGAGAAGUUUAUAAAUGAAUCACAACAUGGUGUGAUAUAUUUCUCCAUGGGCUCAAAUAUAAAAUCGAAAAAUCUACCAUUGGAAACCAGACAGGAAAUACUAAAAGCUUUAAAGUCUCUUAAACAAAGAGUGCUAUGGAAAUUUGAAGAUACUCAAUUAGAAGGAAAACCCGAUAAUGUUUUCAUUAGUGAUUGGUUUCCUCAGGAUGAUAUACUGGCCCAUGAUAAUGUUAAAGCUUUCAUUACACAUGGUGGCCUACUCAGUACCACCGAGAGUAUUUAUCAUGGUAAACCUUUUAUAGGUAUACCCAUAUUUGGUGAUCAAUUUCUUAACAUGGCCAAGGCGGUGGCCAAUGGUUAUGGCAUUAUGUUGGAUUAUAAAAAUUUAAGUGCCCAGGCUUUGCAACAGGCUGUGGAAACUAUGACGGGUAAUCCCAACUAUACAAAGUUGGUGAAGAAUAUGUCAAAACGUUACAGAGAUCAACCUAUGGAACCUUUACAAUUGGCCACUUAUUGGGUGGAACAUGUGGCCCGUCAUAAGGGUGCCAAAUAUUUACACUGUGCCGGUUUGGAUUUAAAUUUUGUGCAAUAUCACAAUAUUGAUGCCAUGCUAAUUUUGUAUGGUGGUCUGCUCUUGGUUCUAGUUGUAAUUGUGUGGCUGUUGAAGUGUAUGGUGGGCUUGGUGUGUGGCAAGAAACAAAAGACGGAUAAAAAGAAAUUGAAGAAGAAUUAUUGGUUAAUUAAAAUGCGUCUCGCUAGUUUAUUAUUAUUAUUUAUGUUCAGCUACUCUGCUGUAGUGGUGGAAUCAUACAAAUUUUUGGGUGUCUUGCAUACGGGUGCUAAAUCACAUUUUAUUGUUGGUUCGGCGUUAAUGAAAGCUUUGGCCCAAAAGGGUCAUGAAGUUUAUGUGAUCUCACCGUUUCCACAAAAACAACAUAUUAAAAAUUAUCAUGACGUUCCAUUAGAAUCUAUGAUGAAAGUAAUGAAUGAGAAAAUCAAUAGUUUGCUGGAUAGAAACGAUAAAAAUGUAUUGCAGAAUGCUGUUCACUAUUUUGACAUGGGCAUAGAGCUCACUGAAAUUGUUUUGAAAGAACCUAAUGUACAACAACUAAUGGCCAGUAAUCAUACAUUUGAUGCAGUUAUAUGUGAGGUGUUUCUCUCAGAGGCUCUAUUUGGUUUAAGUGAACACUUUAAAGCACCUCUCAUAGGUCUGGGUACAUUUGGUGCUAUAUCAUGGAACACAGAUAUGGUGGGCUCUCCCUCUCCUCCCUCUUAUAUACCCAGUGCCAUGCUGAAAUUCACCGAUCAUAUGUCUCUCACCGAACGUGUGGGAAAUUUGGCGUUUGUCUCUUUCGAGAGAUUAUUUUUGGAUCUGCACUAUUUACCCAGACAGGCGGCCUUGUAUGAGAAAUAUUUCCCUCAUUUAGAAAGAGACAUGUAUACAGUGCGUAAAAAUGCUGCUGCGGUUCUGCUUAACACUCAUGUAUCUUUGGGCUAUGCCAGACCCUAUGUGCCCAAUCAAAUUGAGGUGGGAGGCAUGCACAUUAAUCGCCAGCGUACACCUUUACCCGAAGAUAUUGAGAAGUUUAUUACAGAAGCUGAGCAUGGUGUAGUUUAUUUCUCUAUGGGUUCCAAUUUGAAGAGCAAGGAUUUACCGCCAGCCAAAAAGCAAGAAUUAUUGACAGCCUUUAAGAACCUUAAACAAAGAGUUUUAUGGAAAUUUGAAGAUCCUAAGCUGGAAGGCAAACCUGAUAAUGUUUUCAUUAGUGAUUGGUUUCCACAAGACGAUAUAUUGGCCGAUGAGAAUGUUAAAGUUUUUAUUACACAUGGUGGACUUUUGAGUACCACCGAAAGUAUUUAUCAUGGUACUCCUGUUAUAGGUAUACCCAUAUUUGGUGAUCAGUUCCUUAACAUGGCCAAGGCGGAAAGUAAUGGUUAUGGCAUACGCUUGGACUAUCAAACCUUGAAUUCUAAGGACCUCACAGCAGCCGUGGAACGUGUUAUUAAUGAUCAAAGUUAUACUCAACGCAUAAAGGAUAUGUCUGAGAGAUAUAGAGAUCAACCCAUGCUGCCUUUGGACUUGGCUGUGUAUUGGGUGGAACAUAUCGCCCGCCAUAAGGGUGCCAAAUAUUUGCAUUGUGCUGGUGUAGAUUUAAGUUUUAUUGAAUAUCACAAUAUUGAUGCCAUGUUACUAUUGUAUGGUGGUUUGUUAUUUAUGCUUUUCGGCAUUAUCUACUUUUUCAGUAUUUUGUUGAGGGCGCUAAUGAGGAAGCUUGCUCCUCAACAGAAGCCUAAGAAAAAUAAGCAGAAAAAGAAUUAAACUAAAGAGUGCUGCUACUUAUGUAAAUAAUUUUUUAGUCAAAUUUUAUUGGGUUGUAUUUUGUAAUUAAUUAAAAUAAAUAAAAAUUGGUUAAACUA